AUGCUUGAUGAUUCAUUUGUUAUGAAACACUCAAACCAAAUUGAAAUCUAUAUUAUUGCCAAAGCCUGCAGAAAAUUCAAUAAUAGGAGCAAGAACUCUAUUGCUGCUCCUAUGGACUUUGCCAAGCUCUUGGCUGCAAGCAAUAAAAACAACACCAAAGUAAAGAAUAAUGACUAUAAAUAUUUGCAUGUCUGUAACCUGAACAGAGUGUACAAUAGUUCAGUAGAACAUGUCACUGAUCAUGAACAUAUUGUUCUCACAUACAUGUUCACUAGUUGUGCACAUGCUGUCAGUCUGGAAUUGUUUUCCAUGUUUUUUGAGAACAACAUCUUUUAUAAAGUCUAUAACAAAUGCGUAAAAACUGUUAAUAAGUACAUGAUAGAACUUGGAUUCAAUUCAAUUCUGUCAUACUACAAGAUAGACACCUUGUUGAAGGAUGAGUACCCAGUGAAAUUUGUUACAUACAAUAUGUGCAUAAAUGGAUGCUGCCGGUUCUCAAUAAUAGAAGAAGAAGACUUCAUCAACGAAGAUGAAACAUGUCCUUAUUUUGGUGAGGGCAGAUACAAAGUGGAGAGAGUGAGUGUAAAAUCUGCACAAAUCUUUCAGAUGGUGUCUCUCUUAGAGCAACUGAGAUUCAAGCAUGCUCACCAUGAGGAAUGGGCUAAAAUGACCUAUGAGAAUUUCUGA